AUGGCGGCGGCGGCGCAGCAGCAGCAGCAAAAGAUGGCGGAGCAGGAGGAGGCGGAGAUGCAGCACGGCCCCGUUCCCGUCGAGCAGCUCCAGGUGGGUCGUCUCCUUCCCUUCCCCUCACCUCCGUCUGUUCGAAGCCGUUUGUUUCAGACAGAUCUCGCGCUGGUUGUGUCGUCCCCAUCUGAUCGUUCCAGACGGGCGCGCAAGCGCUUACCUUUGUCUGACUUCCUGGGCCAUCGACGAUUGCGUGCCCUUUCCCUCUGGGAGCGUUUUGCCCAAGAAGUUAGUUUCCCCUGCCGCCUGGUUGCCCUAAUUCCCCCCCCCCUCCCCUCCGGGGAGUUGGCUCGUAGCGAUUUUUUGGAUUUUCUUCGUGCGUUUCUCCCUCUCUGGGUAAGCUCUCGGCACGAACAUCGAACCGAUGCGACGCGGGGAAAUGUGUAAAUCGUCGGUGUUUGGUGACCGAGCGUGAACUCCUGCAUCGUUGGAUUAUUCGUGCGGCCUGACCUUGCCCAUAUUUGUCCCCACCAUUCACGAAAUUUUAGGCAUCUGGGAUUGCUGCCCUCGAUGUCAAAAAGCUUAAAGACACCGGUUUGUGCACCGUGGAAUCUGUCGCCUACACUCCGAGAAAGGAUCUCCUACAGAUCAAAGGGAUCAGCGAGGCCAAAGUUGACAAGAUCAUUGAAGCAGGCAUGCUGUUCUCGUUGAAUCGAGGCUCCUUUUUUUAAUUUUUUCCGAGCCCUCUUCCCCACCUCACUAGACCUCGAAGUGUAAUGUUCCUUUCUCAUUCACUUGUCUGGCAGCCUCGAAGCUGGUUCCCUUGGGGUUUACAAGCGCCAGCCAGCUCCACGCCCAGAGACUCGAGAUCAUCCAGAUUACAUCGGGAUCGAGGGAGCUCGACAGCAUCUUGGAAGGUAACCUUCGCGUUGACGUGCCCCUGUCUCAGGAGAUGCAGGCCGAUCUUAACGUGGUCACCUCCCUUCAGGAGGAAUCGAAACUGGAUCGAUUACUGAAAUAUACGGAGAAUUCCGCUCGGGGAAGACCCAGCUGUGCCACACACUCUGCGUCACUUGUCAGGUGAUUCGCCCUCGCCCAUCGUUGUCUCGAUCUCUCCCACAGAAAUGCGGCAAGUUCGACGCCGCUCUGUUUAUGUUGGGAUGCUCUAGCCUUCAUUUUCAUUUAUUUAAAGCUCCUCCGGGUCUUGUGCGGAGCCUCUUAGCUCAUUCAUGGGUUUGACCUUGUUCAUCGGGUUUGGCCCUGAUCCUCCCCCCAUGUAGAGGAAAUAAAGAACGUAAGGAGGAUGGGGGAGAGAAUGAAUGAGCGUAAGGAGGGUGGGGAAAGAGAUGCCCUUCGUUGAAUCAGUCUGCCUUAAUCUCCUGGAACAGAGAGAGACAAAGGAUGCUAGUAAUCUCCCUUCUUUUCAGCUCCCGCUCGACCAAGGUGGUGGUGAAGGAAAAGCAUUGUAUAUCGAUGCGGAAGGCACUUUCAGGCCUCAGAGACUCUUACAGAUAGCGGACAGGUGCCCACUGUGACUGGAAUAAAAAAAUUAAAAAUAUAUAUUUUUUCUUUUACAGACCCCCCUCCCCCCCCCUUUUCCCCUUCCACGCUCUCUUGAAAGAUCGUCUGGUUACAUUUGCAGGUUUGGCUUAAACGGCGCCGAUGUUCUGGAGAAUGUAGCUUAUGCCAGAGCGUAUAACACAGAUCAUCAAUCGCGGCUCUUGCUGGAAGCAGCUUCGAUGAUGGUGGAAGCCAGGUGAUCUACUGCUUGCUUUCUGCGGAUCUUGAGUUGAUUAGUAGUCCAUUGAGUUCGCAUGUUUGGUGAUCUCUCGAGGCUUUGAAUCGAAUAAACUGUCGUAUUUUUUGGUUGAUUGGGUCUGUUUCUUUCGCCGUCGAUGGGCAAUGCGCUUUUGUUUCGCAGUCCAGAAGCACAGAUUACUCUGAAGUGACCCUCAUAGCCUCACCCAAGAACAUUUCUUCGGGGGUUUUGGGAGAAAUAUUUCAAAGUUUCUAUGAGGAUAAUUAUUUAAUUCUGGAGAUGGUGUAUUGAGCGGGUGAUAAUUCUGAGCGGCAUUCUCUUCAAUUUGAGCAGGUUUGCGCUCAUGAUUGUGGACAGCGCGACGGCCCUCUACCGGACAGAUUUCUCUGGGCGGGGCGAGCUGUCCGCGAGGCAGAUGCAUCUGGCCAAGUUCCUGAGGAGCCUUCAGAAGUUGGCCGACGAGGUAGGAAGCCUUUGACUUGCUCUCCUCUGCACACAAAAGUCAGCUCUUGGAUGGCGUCUUCCAUUGUUUCUCAUGCUCUGUUCUUGGCGGGGGAGGUGCAGUUCGGGGUGGCGGUGGUCAUCACCAAUCAGGUCGUCGCUCAGGUAGACGGGUCGGCGAUGUUUGCCGGGCCCCAGAUCAAGCCGAUAGGUGGCAACAUCAUGGCGCACGCCUCCACGACGAGGUGAGCCCCCAUGGCGGAUGCCUUCGAGCUCUGGUUUUUUGCCCCCAUGGCAGAUGCCUCACUCUGUUUCUCAUUUUGAACAGGCUCGCCCUCCGCAAGGGGAGAGGGGAGGAACGUAUCUGCAAGGUGAUAUCCUCUCCUUGCCUGGCGGAGGCGGAAGCCCGGUUUCAGAUCUCUCCGGAGGGAGUCACCGACGUGAAGGAUUGA